AUGUCGUUGCUGGGAGACGACGGCAGGGGCUACGAGCUGGCGCGGAAGCUUGAGAGCCACGGCGUGUGGCGGUCGUGGCUUGGCGACGCCCUCUACUCCAACUUCAUCCCUUCCCUCUCGUCGCCGGCCACUUGGGAAGCUUUCAUGCGAGCCGACGACAAGAAGACGAAGUCUCAGAUCUGCCUCCAGCUUCGCGCUCGCGCUCUGCUCUUUGAUAAGGCUUCUGUCUCUCUCUUCGCUCAAUCCGGCCCCUAUGCCUCCGUUUCUAAGCUAAAUCCUAAUUAUUUGGAGUUGCAUGGUGAUGAUGUGUAUUUUACUCUGGAAAAUGGUGCACAAGGUGGUGAUCAACGCCAACCAGGCUUGGCUGCAUCGAACUCUACAACAUCCAAGGGGCAUUCUAAGACUUCAAUUGGUGUUGGAUCAAGAUAUAGUGAGACGGAAGUUGAUGCUGCGUCCCAAAGAUUUAGGCCGGAAGAAUUGCCAGAAACAUGGUAUUCUCAAUUUUUUGAGAAAUACAAGGCAAGUAAAUCUUAUACAUUGAUGUUUGGAGAUAGAGAGCAAGAAAGACGAACACCUGAACAGAUGUCUAUUUAUCUCAGACUUCUCAAUAAUCACAAAAGGAGGCGAAUAGCUUUUAAAGAUAACAAUGUUACGGAUCUGCUAUCAAACUCGACAAUUAGCGAUAUUACUGCAGUUGAUGAUAUGCCACUUUUUCCCGAGACAAUGUUUACUUUAAAUUGCGUUCCUGAUAGUGCUGUUCCGCUAACGAGCGGAGUGGAGAACAGGCAGAAAAUGCCGUGCAAUGGGGUUUUGGACAACUUACCUCUGAUACUGACCAAAAGCCCGGUUAUAAGCCCUAUUAUGAUCGAGAGGCUUGGGAUUAGACCUGAGUAUCUCAAUAUGGAACAAGGACAUCAAACUGGUGGAAAGACAGGGAACAGGAAACUUAUUUGUCAAGAACAAGCAUCACAAAUGUCACAGAAGGUGAUAGCUCGGUUGUUAACUAAUUUGGGGUUCGAAUCCUCUUCGGACACCCCAUUAGAAGUGAUGGGACAGUUUUUGAGUUGCCAUAUCAUAAAAUUAGGGCGCAUCUUGAAGCUCCUUUCUGAUAGUUAUAGAAAGCAGUGCUCUGCCACCGAGUUGCUGAAAAUGUUCCUUCGAACUGCAGGAUAUAGUAACCUGGGGCCUCUGGUGGAACUUAUUAAGGACAACACUAAGAAUGUUGUUCAGCAAACCCAGCAGCAAGCAUUAGGCAUGCAAGCACAGUUGCAAGCUCAGCAGCAACCUUCAAUUUCAAAUUCACAGCAGAUUCUAAGGCAAAUGAGUCCGCAGAUUCAGCAGAUGAAUAACCCGCAGUAUCUUGCGUACCAGCAGCAGCAGCAGUGGGAAAGGAUGAGAAGGCGGCAACAACAGUCCACUCCUCGUCCAGGCAUAACUAUGAAUGCGAAUAUGAAUAUGAACAACCCUAAUCUAGCUAUGAACAGUGCUGGUAUGAAUAUGAAUGGCGUUAAUAUGAACGUGAAUGACAAGGAGAGGCCUCUGGCGCAAGUUAAGAUGGAAAAUCCACCCGAUUUUCCUAUGGAUGCAAAUGCCUUUGCCACAAUGAAUUCGAGGCACCCUCAGUUGCAACAUAUGCGGCAACAACAGCUUGCCUCCAUAUCAUCCAUGCAUGCCAAUAAUAAUUCCUUUCGGCCCAUGGCACCUCAUCAAAUUCCACAAAUUCAAUCACCGACCACUGGCAUGGCCAGGGCUCCUCCUGUGAAAGUCGAAGGAUUUCAGGAGCUGAUGGGUGGGGAUUCUUCGAUGAAACAUGACAUAGAGGAGAACAAACUGCUUUCUCCCCAAAAGUAG